CUCUCUCUCUCUCAAACCAAAAAUCGUUAGAUUCCCAGCGACGGUAACCGCGUCAUCGCAUCUCCGUCUUGGUCGUGAAGUCAAUUUUCAUUUUGUAUUUCUUCCGGUUUGCAGUCACGAUCUGUUGGUCUUCUGGAGUUAAAAUCCAAGUUUCAUAGUUUGUAUUCAAAAUCAAAAUAGGUGUUGAUCCUUUUCUGCUUGUGUUUUGGUGGUCGUGUCACUGGCUCACCAUAGGUGUUGAUUUCAUUUUUUGUGUUUUUCUUGAUCUUUUUCUUGGUUUCGGAAUCGGAAGUGCCGACAAAACUCUCUCCCUCUCUCUCACACACACGAAAAAAACAACUUGCAACGUUAACGGCGCCGUUGCAUCGUCGUGUUAGGUGUAAAGUGAAGGUGGUUGAUUGCAUAUUUUAUGAGCAGUUGUUCACCUAUUUUGACCCGUUCAUGCGCGUUCACCGGUUGUAUAAAUAAUUAUUGAGGCAGAGUAAACGAUCCGAUAAAGAACAUAACAUACAUAUAUUGUUCCUCAAACCCACCCAACCCAUGUCAUCUAGUAUAAGACCCGGUUGUGAUAAUCGCCAGCCAUAAUCCUCUUACUUACUUGCCCCAAUCCUUUUUCUUACUCUCCUAAAUUCACUUCACCUGCUUGUUAAUUUUUUUGGUGUCGGGUUUGCUUUGGUCAACACAGGCAUCAUGUCUUCAUCUACCGAAGAUAUGGACUUUGAUGAACUGUUGGAUUCCUUAUUAAUCCUAAUAGAUGAGAUAGAAUUAGCCACCAACAACUUCGCUGAUGAUAAUCUCCUCACACGUGGUACAUCUUUUGAUGUUUACAAAGGACAACUACUCUUGCAAUCAGGGGACUUGAUCAAUAUUGUUGCUAGGAAAUGCAGGGAAUUCAGCAUUGCGGUCAAUGAGAUAAUGCUUGUCAAAGAUCUCAAACACAAAAAUAUCGUUCCUAUAUACAAGUUGGCUGCUACGGUAGAUAAUGCAACCAUCAUCAUCAACAAGUAUGAGGCCAGUGAAAGUCUUGACAAACAUCUUGGUAGCCCAACUCUCACUUGGAUGCGAAGAUUGCUUAUAUGUGUCGGGGUCGCAGAUGCAUUGAGUUACCUUCAUUAUGAUGCAUUUGAAAAUCAAUAUGUCAUACAUGGUAAUAUCAAAAGCUCCAAAAUUUUGUUAGAUCGCAACUGGGAACCCAAGUUACAUGGUUUUAAAUUCGCUGUUUCACCUAGAAAGCAUCAUAUUCACCUUACGAAUAAGUACAAUGGCUCAUUGCAUUAUAUGGAUCCCGCGUAUGAAGACACAAGAGGUUUGAAUCAUAAGUCAGACAUUUUCUCCUUUGGUGUCGUGUUGUUUGAAGUCUUGUUUGGGAGAGAAGCAUCUAUUCCAAACGAUGAUAAUUGGUAUUUUGCUCGAAAGGCAAGAGCACAUUAUGAAGAGAGAAAACUUGAUAAUUUGAUAGAUCCUGAUCUUCAUACACAAAUGAACGUGCAAUCAUUCAACCUUUUCGCUGAAAUAGCAUAUUGUUGCAUAAAGGAGCAGCGAUCACAACGUCCCGACAUGAAUACGAUACGCACAAGACUUGAGAGAGCACUGGAACUUCAACGCAAACAUGAACAAUCAACGGUUGCAGCAGUUGAAGGUACAACAUCCAACCACUUCAAGGGGAAAAGCUUGGAUCACUUGAGACUUCGGUUGACUGAUAUAGAGUUGGCCACAGAUAAAUUUUCCGAAACGUGCUGCAUUGGAUCGGGUGGAUAUGGUAUGGUGUACAAAGCAGAACUGGACCAUUUUGAUGGCAUGAAUUCUCUGAAAAUUGAAGAGAAGAAUAAAGGUGAAUUUCGUAAGAAACAUAGCUGUGUAGCUAUUAAGCGCCUUCAUAAUAGAGUAGACGCACAAGGAGAACAAGGGUUUGUUUCAGAAAUUGAAACGCUUAGUAAUUGUAAGCAUCCGAAUAUCGUCUCUCUUCUAGGAUUCUGUGACGAAGGACGUGAGCUGAUUCUCGUUUACGAGUAUGUUGCUAAGGGAAGUCUUGAUGAUUAUUUGGGAAACAUGGAUGGCCUGAAUAAUCUUCUUUGGGCCCAGCGUUUACAAAUAUGCCUUGAUAUAGCACAUGGCUUAAAUUAUCUUCACACCCAUAUAGAGGGCAAACCAAUGAUAAUACAUCGAGAUAUUAAGAGUGCAAACAUCUUAUUGGAUGAUAAUUGGGUGGCAAAGAUUGCUGACUUUGGGCUCUCCAAAUUACAACGUGCAACUCAACAAGGUACCACCCUUAUUACCAACAAUAUUGCUGGUACAGAAGUGUACCUAGAUCCAGAAUACAAGAAUACUGGUAAACUGAAAAAGGAAUCAGAUAUCUACUCUUUCGGAGUAGUUCUAUUUGAAGUUUUGUGUGGAAGGUUGGCAUAUGAUGAAAUAUAUGGUGGGAGAGGGCUUCCAUCAGUAGCUCGACAACGCUUCAACGAUGGAACAUUUAAGGAAAUGGUAGAUCCAAAAUUAAUGGAAGCUGAUGAAAUCAUUUCUAUGCUAAAAGGGGGUGUCAACCAAGAUUCUCUAGAAACAUUCUCUAAAAUUGCACAUCAAUGUUUGGCAGAAACUCAAUCCGGGCGUCCAACUAUGGAAGUCAUCAUCAAAGAACUUGAAAAAGCAUUGAAUUUUCAAUGCCAUGAUUCACAGAAAAACAAGGACAACCUACAUAUAUCACUUAAAGCCAUAAAACUGGGCACACAAAACUUCAGUGAUUGCAAUUGCAUUGGAGAAGGAAGAUUUUGGAAGCUUUAUGAAGGAGAAGUUGAUCAUGCUUUUGCAUGUACCCGCGUUGUUGUAAAGCGGUGGGAUGAAAAGUAUCAUCAAGGAUAUAUUCAGUUUCUGAAGGAGUUUGAAACUCUUCUCAAAUGUAAACAUGAGAACAUCAUUGGUCUUGUAGGUUACUGUAACGAAAUGAAGGAAAAAAUCAUCGUUUACGAGCAUGCCUGUAAUGGAAGUCUCGCUAAACAUUUGGACAAUCCGACUCUUACGUGGAUGAAACGCCUCAAGAUAUGCAUUGAUGCUGCAACUGGCUUGAAAUUUCUUCAUGAAGGUGGUGUAGAUCAGCAACAGGAUUUGAUGGUGCAUAGGGACAUUAGAAGUGGUAGCAUUCUACUUGAUGCUGAUUGGAAUGCUAAAAUUUCUAAUUUGGAGUUCUCCACCAAAGUUUUUGAAAGAGCUCAACAUUUGGAUGAUAAUGCUUGCUUCUCGUUGGGGUACAUUGACCCGGAGUAUGAACCACACGAUUUCUUAACACAACCCUCGGAUAUAUACUCAUUAGGUGUGAUUUUAUGUGAGAUGUUGUGUGGGAGAUUGGCGUGGGCAGAGGGAUGUAAGCAUCACUCUCAAUCAUUAGGCCCUUUAUUUGUAAAACACUACAAUGAAAAAGGAGACCUUGAUGAGAUGAUAUUUGAGGGUAUAAAGGAACAAAUUACACCACAAUCAUUGACUACACUUCAAAUGAUUGCCAUUCAAUGCCUACAGGUUGACGGGUUUAAGCGGCCAACUAUAGACCAAAUAAUAAUACAGCUUCAAAAGGCAUUGGAAUUCCAAGAGGAUUAUGAAAUAUGGGAGCCCAAGCUGCCUAUAGACUACAAAGAAAUCAUCCAGGUGUCAAAAAAUCCACAAAUCUACAAGCAAAUAACGAAAAAGGGUCUCUACGAUAUGUUCUCCAAAGGAAUCCUCCUUCAAGGCGAUAAAGUGUGGUUUUCAAUUGGAAGUAACGGAGAUCGAAAUGAAAUGAUAUCAUCAAAAAGGUUUUCAUAUAAAGACCAUUUGUUACGUGAAUGGCGAUCUAUUCCUGUUUCAAGGUUUCCGAAAGUAGCCGAGAUGUUAAAUAUUUCGAAUUUGAAUAUACAAAUCAAGAUAAGAACUCAGUUUUUAUCUCCGUGUGUGAAUUACAAAGUUCAUCUCAUCUUUAGAUUUCGUGGUCCAAGAAAAUCUCAAGCUAAGCGGAUGUAUGUGAACCUAAAGUACAAAAUGGGGAACGAAAGCUUGAAUGCAUAUUUCGCAACAUGGAGAGAAGAUGGGUGGAUGAUGAUUGAAUUAUUUCAAUUCUUGAAUCACAAAAAAGAUACUGAUUUUGAGGUUCUACUAGAAGGCUUUUCACGAUGCUAUUGUGGAAGUGAUUCCAUCUACAUUGAAGGCAUUCAGUUUCAAGCAAUUGACAAUGCGAGACACGAAGCAAUCGAAAAUCACGAAGAAAUUAGAAGUUUAAAAUGGCUCCCAUUCCAUAUGUCCCAAUCAAUUAGAAGUUUUCAAAAUGGUCUUAAAAAUUUUGUGCAGGUAAAACACAAAGAAAUUGAAAAGUUAAAGGAUGUCUAUCAAGCCUUCAAAUCAAAAUCAAAGACGGAUAAGUUGUGGAACUUGCCAAAUCCGAUGAAGGAAAAGAAAGAUCAGACGAUUUGGUUCUCGUUAUGUCAAAUAAAGAAAAAGAAAGAUGAGAUGCUUUUUGCAAAUGAAGAUAUGCUAUCAACCGAAUCCGGGUUUACUGGCGCAAUUGAGUGCUCACGACAACAAAUAUUGCACAUCAAGUGCAAGAUUAAACGUCAAAUGUUGUUAGAAAACACCCAAUAUACGUGCUACCUUGUGUUUAAGCUUUCAGAGAAGUGUCAUGGGUUGCAUGGUCCGGUCAUAGUACGAGAUUUAUUCAACUGGAGAAGCAAAGAGACGGGAGUUCUUUAUUUUAGACAUCCAAACCCCUGGAAUGUACGCGAUACUGACUGGGUUCCAAGACAGAGGAAAGAUGGAUGGAUGGAGGUUAUUGUGUGGAAAUUCAACUCAAAUUAUGAGCCUAAAAAUGAUCAUCUUUUUGUUAAUUUGAAACUCAUAACUUAUGAAGGAACAAUGUCGGGCCUUAUUGUACGUGGAAUCGAGUUUCGUCCGAUCUAAGUUUAUACCAGAGAAUUUCAGCCGUAUCUUAGCCUAAGCCAGAAGUAGUUCUGUAGGCAGAUCCGUCUAAAGAACAUAAUCAUAUGCUUGGUGCUGAUGUGGCAGUGCCAGUGUGAGCGAACACCCGUCAAGAAUGGUAUGGCUGAAGGAUUGUCCAGGCUCCAGACACCCUGAAUGUUGGUUUAGUAAAUUGUUUCGGUAAAUAAUUGUUGGUUCACUUCAAGGUUAAUGGUAAAAUAGGUGCUUUCCAAGAAGUAUGAUUGAAUCAUUGAUGAUAAACAGGACAGUUGUAAUCUAUUAUAUUGACAAAGAAGUAUGAAUGAAGUUUCAUGUUUUCUCUA